UUAUAUUUUAAUCUUAUUUUUAGUGACGGGUUUCGGCUUUUGAUUUGAUUUUUUUGAAAAACUCUGUGUUUUGGUUGAUGGGUUUUUCUGGAUGUCGUAGAGUUUGAGUCUUUGAUGUGUUUGGUUUUUAAGGCUGUGAUUUUGUUGGGGGUGUUUGAAGGACCUACUCUUGUCUGAAGUUGAGGUGAAGGAAAGGAAAUAGAAAAUGGAUUGUUGUGUUAAGGUUAGAAUUUGUUCUGCUUAAGGAGAAAUUGAGAAAGUUUGAGGCGGUUCUUGCUGUUUGUUUAGAGUUUGUUGGAGCUUUUUCAUGAGGCUGGGAGGUGUUUUUGAGCUAUAAUUUGUUGAAUUUAGUGCUUAAAUUGACUGAAUUAUAUGCGCUUUGGGUUUAUUUUGGUUAGAACAUGGUUAUUGCUUGGGCACCUGCCAAGAUUAGAUGAAUAAAAGAGCUGUUGCUGAAUUAUGGUGACUUUAAAGUGGAGAUAUGGAGGAAGUGGAUUUGGAGAAACUUUAUUUAUCGACCAAGUGAUUUUAAGACUAGAAGUUGCAUCUUUUUUAUGGCAAACUCAAGAGUUUUACCACUGCACAGAAGAUAUGGCCAUAAAAGAUUAAAACUGUGUCAAGAAAGUUUCUUAAACAUUAUGUGGCAAUUAGGAAGACAUGAAGCAAACAGUAGUGUGAUGGCAUAGGUGACAAACUACGCUGUUGCUGUCUAUGCAUGCAUAGGUUAAUUUUAUGGUGUUUUGAAUGUCAAUUUUUUAUGUUAGGUGGUGUGUGCUACUUAAUGCACCACAGAGUAGAUAGGUGAAGAGAUUAACUACCUUCACCCAUGAUGGCAUGUGUGGUUUUCAGUUUCCUUUCCUUCAGUUACAAAUUUGUGAGUGCGAGUUUGGUACAUACAAGUCUAAUUACUAUCCAUUCAAAAAAGUUUCUGGGACCUGUGUCUGUCUAUUUCUCUUUGAUUUUGUCUAUUUUCUAGUUUACUGCUCCAUGUGAGAGCAUUGUUUUCUCAACCCUCCAACACAAGUUGAUUGGAUUCUUUUUCCUGUUAAAAACCCAGAACAUUUGGGAGUAAUUUGUUAGCUUUAAACCACAAAGAGUUGAUGUCUUGGCUGUCUCUGGAGUCUAGAUUGUUUCCUGACAAAAAUGUCCAACUGGAAAUCAGAACUUUAGUGAUUGGACUUAAAAUGCACAGAAUUCAGCACAUUGAGAUUUAAUUAUCAAGUUAAUUCACUAGAUUAUGGAAGGAUCGGUUUAAUGUUUGAGGCUUUCAAUUGCUUCAAAUUUAUAGAGUCGCUAAUUAAGAGCACUGGAAUGUAACUGGGUUCUUGGGCAUGCAACGACUCACUUGUGGCCAAAGAAGUGAGAGGGUGACUUUGUCCAGUGAGGAAGCUUUUGGAAACUUCGUUGCUUGAGAAGGUUCAGAUUUGGCAGAUUAUGAUUUCAAGCAAUAAAGUUAUGUGAUCUAUUUAGAAGUAGUAGCUUAAGGCAUGAUGCAGAUUGCUAUUGAAGCCAGGCAUGAACUUGUAUCAGAAUUGAUUGCUUUUGAUGUUGUGAGAUAGUGGUGACUUGACAGCAGUGGUUGUAAGACGUGUUGUAAAGUCUCAUCAUGGACAUCGAUCUUAGGUUACCUUCUGGUGAUCAUGAUAAGGAAGGUGAAGAACCAAAUGAUGUCAAUCAUAUGUUGAGUGAAGUCAAGCUGCACAAUGGAGAUGUAGAGAUUGGAAAUGUUGUUGAUGUUGCAGAGCAAGUACUUUCUAUAGAAGGGGGAGAUGUUAAUUCUCCCACAACGUCAAUGGGAUUCAAAGAGGACAUAAAACUUGAGCCACUUUCUGGUAUGGAAUUUGAAUCACAUGGAGCGGCAUAUUCAUUUUAUCAAGAAUAUGCUCGAUCUAUGGGAUUUAAUACUGCAAUACAGAACAGCCGCCGUUCAAAAACAUCAAGGGAGUUCAUUGAUGCAAAAUUUGCUUGUUCUAGGUAUGGGACAAAGAGAGAGUAUGACAAGUCCUUUAACCGACCACGUUCCAGACAAACCAAGCAAGACCCAGAAAAUGGAACGGGCCGACGAUCGUGUUCAAAGACCGACUGCAAGGCAAGCAUGCAUGUGAAGAGAAGGUCAGAUGGAAAAUGGGUUAUCCAUAGUUUCGUGAAGGAGCAUAAUCAUGAGCUUUUACCUGCCCAAGCUGUCAGUGAACAAACUAGAAAGAUGUAUGCUGCAAUGGCUCGACAGUUUGCAGAAUAUAAAAAUGUUGUUGGUCUCAAGAAUGACCCUAAAAAUCCAUUUGACAAGGGCCGGAAUUUGGGACUUGAAGCCGGGGAGACCAAAAUUUUGCUUGAUUUUUUUACUCAGAUGCAGAAUAUGAAUUCCAACUUUUUUUAUGCUGUAGAUUUGGGUGAAGAUCAACGUUUGAAGAACUUGUUUUGGGCUGAUGCCAAAAGCAGGCAUGACUACAGUAAUUUCUCUGAUGUUGUCAAUUUUGAUACUACAUAUGUUAGAAACAAGUAUAAGAUGCCUCUUGCUCUUUUUGUCGGAGUGAAUCAACACUAUCAGUUCAUGUUGCUUGGAUGCACCCUGUUAUCAGAUGAAAGUGCAGCUACUUAUUCUUGGUUAAUGCAGACUUGGUUGAGAGCAAUGGGUGGACAGGCCCCGAAGGUUAUAAUCACUGACCAAGAUAAAGCUAUGAAGCAAGUCAUUUCAGAGGUCUUUCCAAAUGCUCAUCAUUGCUUUUGCUUGUGGAACAUUCUGGGGAAGGUUUCUGAAAACCUGGGGAAUGUGAUAAAACAAAACGGAAACUUUAUGGCCAAAUUUGAUAAAUGCAUCUUCAGAUCAUGGACAGAAAAUGAGUUUGGAAAAAGGUGGUGGAAAAUUCUUGAUAGAUUUGAACUCAGAGAGAAUGAGUGGAUGCAAUCACUGUAUGAAGACCGUGAGCAAUGGGUGCCAAUCUACAUGAGAGGUGCCUUUUUGGCUGGAAUGUCUACAGUUCUGCGUUCUGAGAGCAUAAACUCUUACUUUGAUAAGUAUGUGCAUAAGAAGACAACUGUGCAGGAAUUCGUUAGACAGUAUGGAUCAAUUCUCCAAGAUAGGUACGAGGAAGAAGCCAAAGCAGAUUCUGAUACCUGGAACAAGCAACCUACGUUGAAAUCUCCCUCACCUUUGGAGAAGAGUGUUUCAGGGAUGUACACGCAUGCAGUGUUCAAGAAAUUCCAAGUUGAGGUCUUAGGAGUAGUUGCUUGUCAUCCCAAAAUGGAAAGCCAAGAUGAGACAAGCAUUAGUUUUAGAGUUCAGGAUUUGGAAAAGGAGCAAGAUUUCACUGUUCUGUGGAAUCAAACAGGGUUGGAGGUCUCAUGUAUAUGCCGACUGUAUGAAUACAAGGGUUAUCUUUGUAGGCAUGCACUGGUUGUUCUUCAAAUGUGUCAACAAUCUGCCAUCCCAUCACAAUAUAUUUUGAAAAGGUGGACAAAAGAUGCGAAGAGCAGACAUCUUUUAGGGGAAGAAUGUGAACAGGUACAAUCUAGGGUGCAAAGGUACAAUGACUUGUGCCAACGAGCUCUGAAAUUGAGUGAAGAGGCUUCAUUAUCUCAAGAGAGUUACAAUAUGGCCUUUCGUGCUCUGGAAGAAGCUUUUGGAAACUGCAUCAGCAUGAAUAAUUCUAACAAGAAUCUUGUGGAAGCUGGUACAUCUGCCACUCAUGGUCUCCUCUGUAUUGAAGAUGAUAGCCAGAAUAGGAGUGUGACCAAGACGAAUAAGAAAAAGAAUCAAACCAAGAAAAGAAAGGUGAAUUCUGAGCAGGUGAUUACGACUGUUGGGCCACAAGAUAGCUUGCAACAAAUGGACAAAUUAAGCUCAAGAGCAGUAGCCCUAGAAGGUUAUUAUGGAACACAACAGGGUGUGCCAGGAAUGGUGCAACUAAACUUGAUGGCUCCAACACGUGAUAAUUACUACAGCAAUCAGCAGACCAUCCAGGGCCUGGGACAGUUAAACUCAAUAGCACCAAGUCAUGAUGGUUAUUACGGCACUCAGCAAAGCAUGCAUGGGCUGGGACAGAUGGAUUUCUUUCGCACACCAUCUGGAUUCUCUUAUGGCAUCAGGCAGGACGACCCCAAUGUAAGAACAGCACAACUACACGAUGAUGGAUCCAGGCAUGCAUGAGCAGCAACUUUCUCACUGCGAGGAAGAACGAAUCUCCCUUUUAUUAUGCAGCAUGAAAUGGUCACUCCACUGAAGCUGAAAUCUCUGUAAAGAAUGAAAGCUAUCAUGCAUCAAAGAUGGCAGGGUUAAAUUUAGGAAACUUACUCUUCUAGUGCUCGUAAAACAAGAGAAAGAGUAGGAUGCUUUCAUCUUCACCGCAUAUUUACCACAGUAGACAGUCGAACAAAUUCUUAUAGGGGUAAAAUCUCCCUUGUAAAUCUUUAUUGUAUUUACCUACUAUAUCAGUGAUUUGUCUUUAGCCUAAAAUAUCUGAUCAGAUAAUAUCAGUACUUAUUCCCCCAGUA